AGAAACUAGCCAGGCAUAUGAUCUUAGAGCCAGCUCUCGAGGGUUUUCGUUCCCAGCUUGAGGGGAAAAACCAUCAGGGUGUGUUGAGCAGGCAAAUAAGGAGAGGGUAUUGAAUUGAAUUGAACCAGCCGAUGUUAUUUUAUUUAAUUGAGCCAGCUGAUAAGGGCACCGUAAACUCAGCUCCAAAUCAUGUAAGAACUUGCCAUUCCGGAGGCUAAAUAUUAGGUGCCUGAAGUCCAUAGGGAAGUCAGUGCUUUACCCAGUAGAGAAGUUUGUGGGGCCUUGGGCUAAAAACUCCAUUUUUUGGAGAAGUAGUAAUGAGAAAAAUUGCUUUAAUAUACCGAGAGGUCUGGAGGGUGGCAAGCAACAUGAGAAUAGGAUUCUUUGUGGCGAAUUUUGAAUGCAGCCAUCGGAGCAAAAGGGUCGGCUCUGACUUGAAAACUGCCCUGUGGGAAACACCCGAAGAACGAAAUGGCAGAGAAAGUGAACAACUUCCCUCCGCUCCCCAAAUUCAUCCCGCUGAAGCCAUGCUUCUACCAAAACUUUGCCGAUGAGAUUCCCAUCGAACAUCAGACGCUGGUGAGAAGGAUCUAUCACUUGUGGAUCUUCUACUGCAUCACCUUGGGCGUCAAUCUCAUCGCCUGCUUGGCCUGGUGGAUCGCCGGCGGUUCCGGGGCCAACUUCGGCCUGGCACUCCUCUGGCUGCUCGCUUUCAGCCCCUGCGGUUAUGUCUGCUGGUUCCGGCCGGUCUACAAAGCCUUUCGGUCGGACAGCUCUUUUAACUUCAUGGCUUUCUUCUUCGUCUUCGGAGCGCAGUUCGUCCUGACCGUCAUUCAAGCCAUCGGCAUCGGCGGGUGGGGAGCAUGCGGGUGGCUGGCGGCCGUGACGUUCUUCGGCACGAGCGUCGGGGCUGCCGUGAUCAUGCUCAUCCCGGCGAUCAUGUUCACGUUUUCGGCACUGGUAAUGCUGGUCUGCCUCCUGCGGGUCCAUCGGCUUUACCGUGGCGGCGGCGGCAGCUUCCAGAAAGCUCAGGACGAGUGGCAGGCGGGGUCAUGGCGGGACCCCCCGAGCCGGGAAGCCCAGUUCAGCAACUUCUCCGGGACCAGCCUCCCUGAGUACCCAACCGUCCCCAACUAUCCGCCCGGCGGCAGGUGGCCGUGAGUUCGAAACCAGCUCCCAUCAGACUUGGGCCCGGAUCGUUUGUUUUUCGGAUCGCUGCGCAAAAAUUUUUUUUUACAUCUCAGUUUUUGUGGAUUUCAAAAAAAAAUUCCGGGUGGAAGAAUAACAUCCACGUCGUUCGUCUACUUUUCCCUGGUUUUUCCCCCCUCUCUUUUUGUUUUAAAUCAUCUUAACGUUCUUGCCUUUUUGGCAACCGCAGAAGAACUUGGAGGACCAUGCCGCUUGCUGGUUUGGAACUGCAGGAAGCGUGGCUGUUGCCAACAUUUGACUAGUUUGCCUUGAAGGGACGUGGGCUGCCAUCCCUAUAUUCCUCCCGUGUCCAUCCUCACUUUUUUGCCAAUGGAUGCACGACACAGGCGCGGGGGAUAUGUCACGUCCUUUAACCUUCAUAAAUUUGCCUUCGCGGUCAACCUUUUGCCUAAGAGAGCAGCGGGCUUUUUGCCAUUUUUUGCAGCCUCCACUCAUGCAAAUAGUUGUGAGAGGAGGAGAAAGAAGCCUUUGGUUAUUAUUAUUAUUUUUUAAUGUGCCCAGAAUGGCGUUGCCCAUUCCCGAUCUCUGCCAUUCCUUUGAGGCUGCAGCAUUGAGAGACAACUUAAGAUACGUCGCGGGGGAUGCGUGAAAAACUGAGGAAGUCCCCGCAGGUGGAAAACCAGCACGUCUCCUCUCUCUCUCUGUGCUCGAUUUCUAUGCGCAGGGAUUUGUUUCGGGGCGACCAGGGGAAACACUAAAAUGUUAACUCCAGGAAAAAAAGAGGGUGCUUUUCUUGGAAGGCUCGUUCAGUUGAGGGGCUGUGUAUGGUUUUUUUUGAUGCUUCCCUGCUACUCAUUCCUGUCCCCAAACGCCAACCUACCUGAGCUAGACGAGGAAGACCCCGCGUUUGGCCUGGGAACCCCAAAAUGGUAGUGGGCUUCUCUCCUUGGUUCUGGCGGAUCAGAUCCUGGCAGGUUUCAACCCAGCAAAGCUUCGCCUCCUGAGUUUCCGCUUUGCAGCUGAAUCGGGUAUGUGGCCGCCGGCUGUGACCCCCCAGCCACCCACACAAUAAGCAGGAGCAGUGGGGUGACCCCCACAAAACUGAGCAGCACUUAACCUUCUUCCACCCAAAUAUCACAGCAGCCUUGAUCCACAGGACUGUGUGACAGAGCCCAUGGGGGGGCGGGCCUUCUCCCGCCUUUACUCCCUCUCGGAAUCCCAGCCGGCUUUUGGCUUCGACUCCCAGCGUAACUGAAACAGAAGCCAUCUCUCCAGAACUGGACCCCUCGCCUCGGUCGAAAUUUCAUUUUGCAACCAGCAAACGCUGUAUAUCGCCCCAGAAUUUCGCUUUCCUUUAUUCCCAUUUCAAGCGCCAUGGGACCGCUUCAGACCUUCAUGGCUUUCCCCGUCUAUCCCCACCCCCAAAGAAAUCCUGAGAGUUAUAGUUCGCAGAGGGCGUUGGGAGCUCAGAGCAUUCCCAUCGCGGAGCUAUGCUUCCCAGAGUGGUUUACCGCUCAGCGCUUCUUGGAGGGGAGUUCUGGGAACGCUCGUUGGGUGCGGGGGGCAUACAGGCACGUCCGAACAACUCCCGGCGCCCUUCGCGAACUAUAACUCCCAGGAUUACUUUCGGGGAAGCUGAGAACUGUUUAUGAAGUGGCAUCAUUGUGCUUUAAAUGUGUGGUGUGGCCAUGCUGUUUUUUCUUUUUUGCAAAGAACUGCAUUGUGUUUGGGGGGGGGGCUCAUUUUCGCCUCCCCACGCCUUGCCAGAAUUAAAAGGCGCCCGUUCGUUUCCUUGUCUCGCCUUAGCUAUUCUGCUCCCUGGCUUGAGGAGCAGAAUUAGAAUGCGUUAACCAGGAACUUUCCUGGGGGGGAGUACGUGGGUUUCUCAAAACACCCAGAGCGAUUUGGGGGGGGGGCGGUUGGGUGGAAACUACUAAUGUGAAAACUUUUUUUUACAGGAUGGAGCAAGAAUUGGGGCAGGGCUAAAAAGCGGGAUGGUCUUUUAGGCCCCUAAAUGUUCAAAGCGGUAUCGUGCCCCUUUAAGCAGUCCUGGCUUCUCCCUAAGAAUCCCGGGAACCGUAGUUUGCCCGGGGGGGGGCACCCAGUGUGGUUAGGAGACCAUGAUUCCCUCCGGUUCCCAGCGAAUUCCCUAGGCAAGACCAUUAAACUGCUCUGCGAGUGGAAUCGGGCUCACCUAACAACAGCACUCUGGGGCAAACUUAAGAUUCCUUGGUUUGCGGGGAGCGAGGACUGUUUAGAGCAGUUCAAAACUGCCUUAAAAUUCCAGGCCGGGGGGGGGGGGCUUUAGUGUUGGGGUCUUUAACGACAUGUGCCUUAUUGGAUUGCAAAAAUCGCUCCCGUCGUAACUUAAUUUUGCUCUUAUUUUCCUUGCUACGGGGUCUGUGAUUUGUUUACACUUGAGGAGUGGGUUGGGGGUGUUCCCCCCUUCUUACUCAAAAGGACCAACGUCUUGUAAAUACACUCUGAACUUCUCCCCUCCCUCGCGACGAAAUCGUGCACGAGGCAACUUGAAAGCCGUGGGGGUCCGAAAGCCUCCCUAUGGGGUGGCAACUCUCAUCUCAAGAGGCCACAAACCCAGCCUGUUUUGCAGCUGGGGGCAAGGAGCCUGCCUGCCCCCCCUCCCCACCCUGCAUAAGGGUGGGCUCCAUCUUUGACCGUGGGGCCAGGGCGGCAGUCCGUCCGUUCCCCCCCCCCAUCGCCUCUCUCCUAAAUAGAGACAUUCCUCCAUAUCGAGAGAAUGCCUCUUGCGAACAGAGCCAUUCCUCUCUCGCACUACGAAAUGCUGUUUGGGGAUGUGGGGAGCCUCCCUGGGUUUUUAUAGACGGUUGCAGAAUUGACAGGGCGGUCACCCCCCCUCCCCGAGCUGUCAGCGAGGUGCCUGGAUCGUGGGGCCCCCCAUCUCUCGGGGUGCUGAGCGACAUAUACAAAACAAACCUACCCAACGCCUCGGAAGGAGGGACCUGGAUUUGGGGGGGGGGGAUCCGCGUUCCGCACACCGGGGGUGUUGUGGUUGUGUGUGUUUUUUUUACAUACCAAGCCGAGGCGGCAAAUGUUCGCCAAAUACUUUCCUUCCUAUAAAUCUAGGAGGGAGACCCGCAAAACUGACCUGUUUAUUCCUCUCUCCUGCACCCUUUCUCUUGACCCCAGAGAACCCUGGGAAUUGUAGUUUUUUCGAUGCCGUGCCCCCCAUGUUCCAGAUCUCUGUCUCCCCCCCCCACUUCCCCAAAACAAAAAAAAACCACCCUUGCUUUUUUCUAGCAUUGCAGAUCCAUCUUUGGAGCCAAGUGUGAUCUGUUUUUCUUAAAUCUCAAAAACUGGAUCUCCUCGCAGUUUGCAGUUUCCUGACGCCGUCUUAAUAUAACCUACUGAUAGCUCUCUUUUUGUUGUUGUUUAAUAAACAGGAAAAUUCAUUUGUAACACCAUGUUUACACAAGGGAACUAACCGGUACCUUUUUUUGAGGGGUGGGUAAGUGAGCAUGGGGGGUCUCAACUCUCCGACGCCACGUUGGUUUUUUUUUUUUUUUGCAUUGCAGAAUGAUCUCGUUAGGCAAUUUUUGGUGACUUUGAAAAUAAAAAUGGAAUUAAAAGUUUGCCUACUGGAAAGGGAGA